UGCUGGUUUUGAUAACUUUUCGGUGUUGUUUAUUCUCGACUUUCUCUCUUUUCAAUAUUUGAAUUGAUUUAAAUUUAAAAUCAAGCAUGUCAAACAUUAGGAAAUUAAAGCAGUUAAUUCCCAGAGCUACGGCUUUCUUUUUAUGCGAUAUGCAAGAAAAAUUUGCAUCUAAUAUACAAUAUUUUCCGGCAAUUGCUAAUGUUGCUUCUCGAGUAUUAAAAGCUGCAAAGAUGUUGGAAAUGCCUGUUAUUGUUACAGAACAGUACCCAAAAGGUCUUGGACGUACGGUCAAAGAAAUAGGUCUUGCUGACUAUCCAGACAUAAUUCCUUUCGAAAAAACGCAGUUCAACAUGCUGACUCCAGCUGUUCACGAGUUCUUAAAAACAAUGCAUCCGAGCGUGGAAAGUGUAAUUAUUUCUGGCAUAGAAUCCCAUGUCUGUGUGCAAUGUACUGUGGAAUGCCUCAUCAACCAUGGAUACGAUGUUCACGUUUUGGCUGAUGGCUGCUCUUCACGUACCAUGGUAGAUAGGAUGUACUCUUUUCAAAGAAUGAAAGCGAUGGGUGCUUGGCUGACGACGAGCGAAAGUGUGAUUCUUGGCUUGGCUGGCGAUGCAGCGCAUCCGAAAUUUAAAGACCUGCAGCGCUUGAUUCGAGAACCGGCGCCGGACAGUGGACUCUUGUCACUUUUACAGCAACCUACCUUAUGAGGUGGUUUCCGAGGAGGCAGAGGUGGUGAUCGUGGUGGAUUCCGUGGAGGACGAGGUGGUGAUCGUGGCGGAUUCCGCGGAGGACGAGGGUGGCGACCGUGGUGGAUUCCGAGGAGGACGAGGUGG